AAAAAAAAAAAGAGAAAAAAGAGUUCCAAGCAUGGCUUUUGGUGUUGCCUUCCUGAUAUUACUUCUCACAAUCUCAUUGUUUUCUUCAAGCGAUGCACUGAGCUUGAAUCACUACGCCAAGACAUGCCCGGACGUCGACUCAAUUGUCACAAACGCUGUCACAAGCGCGACAUCUAGGGACAAAACUAUCCCCGCCACGCUCCUGCGAAUGCAUUUCCAUGACUGCUUGAUAAGGGGUUGUGAUGGCUCCAUCUUGUUGGACUCGAAAGGACACCACAAAGCGGAGAAAGAUGCGGCGCCUAAUCUCUCUUUGCACGCAUUUUUCGUCGUUGACAAUGCGAAGAGAGCAUUGGAGGCUGCCUGCCCUGGGGUGGUUUCAUGUGCUGAUAUCUUGGCUUUAGCAGCUAGGGAUGCUGUUGUGCUGUCUGGAGGUCCAUAUUGGUCAGUGCCAAACGGAAGAAAAGAUGGAAGAGUAUCAAGGGCAAGUGACAUAGCAAGUAUGCCAUCUCCAACCUUUAACAUAUCUCAAUUGCAAAAGAGCUUCUCUCUAAGAGGUCUCUCCUUGGACGAUCUUGUGGCUCUUUCAGGAGCGCACACUAUAGGCUUUGCCCAUUGCGCGGCAUUCCAAAACAGAAUCCACAACUUCAAUGCCACACAUGAUAUCGACCCCACGCUGCAUCCGACCUUUGCGUCAAAGUUACAGGGCAGGUGUCCGCUUCACAACACCGCGAAGAACGCCGGCGUCCCGAUGGAUCCUUAUUCAGCGACUUUCGAUAACAAUUACUACAAGCUGAUCCUGCAGAGGAAAAGCCUCUUCUCUUCGGACCAAGCUCUGCUUGGCUUUCCCAAGACCAAAGCAUUGGUUUACAAGUAUGCUAGCUCAAAGCAAGCUUUCUGGAAUGCUUUUGCAAACUCCGUUGUUAAGCUCAGCAGCAUCAAUGGUGGCCAGGAAAUUAGGAAGAAUUGCAGGAUUGUAAAUUAA